GAUGAUCAUGAUAUGAUAUGCCGCGGUACCAAUAGUAACCAUCAUACAGAAGGCGGUCCACACAUCUCUGCAGUUUACCAGGACAAUACAAGUAUCGAAACCAGUUUUUCCCUCUCAAGUGUAUCUGAGGCUCACAAACGAACGGUCUAGGCUCUCAGGCUAACUAUCUACUUCUGCUUGGCUCAGAAUGGCUGGAUUCUCGAAAGUAACACUUCCUGACGGCAUCGAACUGGCUUAUGAAAUCCUGGGGUCGGAUCAUCUUGGUCUAGCCAUACCAAUAGUCCUGGUUGGCGGGAUGACAUCCUGCAGAGUUGAUUGGGAGCGCUUGAGUUCAAGACUCGCGCACAACCGACCGGUCCUUAUAUAUGACCACAGAGGAAUGGGUGACUCCACCUACGAAGAGAACGACAGCUUCACGAUCGAGUCGCUCGCCAGGGAUCUCCUUUUCCUCCUUCAGUUUAUUGGAUGGAAUGAACUCGCAAUUUGCGGGCAUUCGAUGGGAGGUGCUAUUACACAACAGCUCCUUUUUCUCCCUCACCAUGCCACCGAACCAACGCCUUUACCAUUCCAUGUAACACAUGUUGUGUUAAGUGCAACCUUACCGGCGGUCCUACGAGACCCUCGUUACGGUGUCAAAUUUGCCCCAAGACCCGCAGGUCCCUUGACAGAGGAUAUAAAGAGAAAUGUCGUGCGGCAGUCCAUGGCGGCCAACUACGACCCAGAAUGGUUUGCUGAUGAGAAAAAUCAAGCAAGGAUCAACUGGGCAGUGGAACACGGAAUUAUUGGCCGACCGUUCAAAACAAUCGAGAAACAAAAAAGAGCUGUCUCGCGUUUUGAUUUCGGUGGUCUUCACUCGAAACUCUCGUCUGACAUCCCUUUCUUGAUCAUCCACGGUAAACUUGACCAAAUACUGCCUUUCUCCAAUGUAGAAGCAUUUCAAAAAGUCAUACCUUGGGCAAAAGUUGUACAGGUUGGUGAUCGUCCUGGAGAGAUACCAAGUUACCAAUUUGGGCAUAACUGGUUCGAGUACUUCCAAGCACAGACAUGGCUGGACGCUAUAGAAGUAUUUCUGCAGAGUACUGGUAGUGAUAAUGCGGAGGAUAAAGCCCGUUUGUAGUGGACAUAUGGUUUAACUGUACUUGUGGCGGCAUUGAAGCACUCGGAUCAAGUCCGUCCAGGCAUAUUGCGUUCAUUAAGCGUAUCCACGUUGUGUUUUCACGCUUAUCUUCCAUACAAAGCUGGACAAUCGGUGGUGGUCGGAACUUUCACGACGCAUUCAUCAACCGCCCUUCUCGUUUCAGAUCGAGUACUUUGAUGAUGUUUUGCUGAAAAUCUCAUGCUGCAGGCCAUUACCAACUGAUCUCAAACGGUUCACCCUAUAUGACAUGCUCACAGCUACUGAAAAAGCCCAUGUCACUACGCUUACCAUUAUAUAUGUGCACUUGGACGGUGACUUUCUCGACAAAAAUAGUCGAUGGAAAGUCGGUGGUAAUGCUAUGGCUUGCAACUUGGAGAUGAUCACUGUCUCGAGUUGUCAGUGUUGUUCCGAGGUCGUACUGAACAGAAUGGUAGUUAGGCGGCUUCCAAUUGCUUUGAAAGUGCUCGAGAAUGACUGGCGAGAACAUGUAUCGACCUGCAUUUUCAUAUAUCGUCUCCCAUCGCUGAUUAUUAUUACAAUCU